AUGCUAUCAACGAUGCCAAGGGCACAAGUCUCGCCUACUGAUGACAAGUCAAUGGUGCCUCGUCUCAAUGGUGCUCUCUCACCGUUACAUACACGUCGUGGUGCUUGUGGUGGUGAUAUGGCAAUCUCUGUAAGACCGGACUUUGCCACAUACGAUCUGUAUCCAUUCAAAACUUGGCUGGAUGAAGUUACGCAAGGAGAAGGUCUUCGUCGUUUAUGCGACAAUACGAUGCAAUUACAAGAAGAAUUGGAUAAGAUGCUGGUUCAUAACAUCGAUCAUCAGAGGAAACUUGCUGGUGAGUUGCAGUUCCAAACUACAGGAGAAUACCCAGCAGAUGAUAUUUCAAAUCGACUCAUGCCUAAGGUUCAACUUCUCGAUCAUAAAGUGGCAAGUGCUAGUCAACGUAGAGAACGCACUGAUAAAUCGGUUUUUGAUGAAGAAUUCGAACAAGAGAGCGUUAACAGUGGUGAUGAUUUUGGUUGGCCUCCGUUGGAUUUACCUCGCAAGCUGUGGGUUUGGUUAAGGCAGUAUAUCGAUCCAAUCGAUGAGGACUUUAUUGUGAGCUGGAAACAUGAAAUUAUGGAUCGCUUUAUGCCUGAAAACAUGGCAAAACUCCAUGAGAUGGGAAGUGGUAAAAAAGUAAAAAGUGUUCAUUUAAUUGGAUCACGUGUACGUAAAACGUCACUGAAUGCAAAAUAUUCUCAAGAAAUGCAAUACGAAAUGAGAUAUCCAAAUAUAAUUAAAAGUCAAACAAUGCCAACAUCUCAAACAUCUGUGUCACUUAAAAGAUUAUCUAGUAUAGACCAUAAUAGAAAUCUGGUAUCACCAAAUAAAAGAUCUCGAUUGUCAUCAGUUACAUCUCCAAAAGUUUUGCCACUAAUGGAUGACCUUGUGAAAGCAUAUUUUGAUGAACAAGCAAUCGAUCAUCAUUCCUUUCAAAACGGUGUCCUCGAUGUCGGUGAAAAGCGUAAAAUGAUGACAAGGAAAGAUUCAGUAUUGAAUGGGAAUAGUAAAAUUGUGAUGGAAAGCUUAAAAAGAGUCAAAAAAGAGGCCGAGGAUGAUUAUGGAACUGAAGAGAUGUUGGUGAACGGCACUUCUGAAACGAGCACGAACGGUGUUGGUAUUGCUGAAUGUGCACAUACGCUAGCCAAACUCGGAUAUGCACUCAAAAAACACCUCGGAAAGAGUGAAUUCAGUCGGAAGCAAGGAAGUAGUGAAUCAUCUGAUUCGGAAGAGGAGAUUUCCAUCAAUAAUGCUGUCGAAGAAUAUGAUCAGGAUGAGGUGUCGUUGGCGUUGAAAAAGUGCCAGAAAGAGCUAUGUGAACAUGAGCAAGAAUACAGAAAUUUGAUAGGAAAGGUUUGGAAUCGACUUUUAGCAAAAUUUAUUCGGGACAAACGCGAAGCUGCUCUCAAUAAAGCGUCUAGAGAGUUAUACGAUGUGUAUGAUAAAUAUUAUUGCGAUUAUCAGUCAGACGAACCAAAAAAUGAACGUCAGAGAAGUGAGUGUCGUGCUGCAAUGCAGAAAUAUAUAACUGCAUGUAAUCGUUUUUAUAAUUUGCGUAAAAUGAAAACAAGUGAAGAAUGA